UUCUGUUGCGCCGCUGCCGCCGGCGGUUGGUGGUUACCAUAGCAACCGCUAACCGCCAGCUCCCCCCUCUGCCUGUAUCUCCGGCCAGAACAGCGGGACUGAUGUGAACCACCAACCUGAUGCCCUGGUUUGUUAGGUACAUCUGAUGAACUAUGAUUGGACAGAUAUAGUUCAUAGUUCUUUAUGACCAGAACACGACACGAUCUCACACAGCUGCUGGUUUACCUCAAAAGAUCCUGCAACAAGUACUGAGGCUCCUUAGCAUGGCCACAGGUGAUGAUGGAAAGACGUUUUUCCUUUAACAGUAUGGGACGCAAUAAAUCCAAAACUCUUCCUUCACUUCUUGAAAAACCAUGGCUGCAGAUGAAUUGGGAAGACAGAGAGACUGACCUGCAGUUCAUAAACGACUACAAACCGAGAGGCGGUCACCGGCAGCUCAGGGUUCUUCUGCAUGGACCGGUCGGAGCCGGAAAAUCCAGUUUCAUCAACUCCGUCUUCAGCGCCUUGGAGGGUAGAAUCUGUCACAAGGCGACUGCGUGCAACAUGAUUCGGGCCAGCUUCACCAAAAAGUUUGUAACCUACAAGAUUAGAAAAGGAGACCACCAAAACGUGUAUCCUUUUGUACUGAACGAUAUGACCGGUUUGAACAACAUCACCUGGAAACACAGAAGAGUCUAUGAGAAGGACAUGAAAAUGGCCAUGAAGGGACACAUCAAGGAUGAGUAUAAAUUCCAUCCUCAGAGUGCGUUGUCCGAAAACGAUCCGUUCUUCAACAAGAAUCCAACCAUCAACGACAAAGCUCACAUCCUGGUUACUGUCUUUGAUGCCAACACAAUAAAUCUGCUGGACGAAACUAUAGCAGAGACAAUUCAGGAGAUCAGAGACGAAGCCAAUGAGCAGGGGAUUCCUCAUGUUGCCAUUAUCACCAAAAUUGACGAGGCCUGUCCUGAGAUCAAAGAAGAUCUAAAAAAUCUCUGCCAGAGCCGAGUGAUACUGGAAAAGAUUCAGGCCCUCAGCAGACGGGUGGGAAUCCCAGAGAACUGCAUCUUUCCUGUGAAGAACUAUCACUCAGAGAAGAAGCUGAACCACGAAACUGACGCUCUGAUCCUCAGCACCCUGCGGAGCAUCAUCGAGAUCGGAGAGGAAUACCUUAGCAAUGGUAAAAGAUCAAAUCUGCUGAGAGGAACCAGAACCGAGUCGAUCCAGGACCUGAGAGAGAAAACCACUGGGCUGCGGAUUCCUCAUGUGGCCGAUCUGAACAAAACUGAUGACGUCUGUUUUGAGAUCAGCAGUGAUGAGAUACAUGUGUGCAGGAGCCAGGAGCUCCAGGAAAAGGACUUCAGCAAAACAGUGGAAAACCCAGACUACUGCUUCUACUCUGUGAAGGACUGCCAAUGCCAUAAUACGCCGUUGUACGUGUCAGACGUCAGAAGCCAAGUAGAUCCAGAUGAAGACUCUGCUGCACGUGAGAAACGCUGCAUGAUUCUGAGAGAGAGAACCGGAUCCACUUUGACCCAGGCACAGCUGCACUGGGACCGGCCCAAUAAGGACGGCCAGGGAACCGUGGCCAAACAGCAGCAGCUUUCUGACAUCAUGAAGAAAACAGACGGAAACCUUCCAGAGCCACAAACUGACUCAGGUGUAAAUAUGAGAAUAAAUCUGGUCCUCAGACGUCCAGCAGAUCGUUCAGAUUAAAGCUGAACUUUAGGAUCUUCAGAGGAAACAACUGGAGCCUCAUUUCUGUCACCAGUUAUUAAAUAAAAUCACAUAAUAUCA